UCGAAUUAUGAAUCUAUUUUGAGUAACAUUGUUCUUCAACUGGUUCAAUCGAACUAGCAGGCUCUUACCAUGAGGUUUGAGAAUAAACCCUAUUUUAUCAAUUUCUGAUUCAAAUCUUGUCAUCGUACUCUUGGGUACAUGACAAUUGGUAUCUAGAGACGUUUCGAUCGAUGGAGGAUUUGAUGGAAGAGUUCAGUGAAGCCACGCAACUUCAACAGAUCUCUGAAAUUGCAAAUCAACACGAGUUUAAACUGGUAGAAAUGAAUAAGAAACUUGAUAAUAUUUUAACAAAGGAGUAUGUUCAAGAAUGGAUGGAUAAAUUUUUUUUCGAAAUGGAAAUUUCAGUUAGAAGAUUAUAUUGAUUCGCGAAUUAGUUCAACGUUAAACACUAGUAGUGACUCGUCAUCUGAUGAAGGAGAUACUACUAAAUCAAAUGGAAUUGGAAACCUAAUUAGUGGAUCUGUUGCUCAACCUUCUGAAUCUCAAGAUUUUUGCGUAGAUGCAUCUGAAGAAGCAAAAUCGGUUUCUACUUUUAUUCGUCCGAAUUCUUCUUCUCAAGUUCACAAUAAUGUUGAAUCUCAGAAAGUGAAAUCAAAUCCUUCCACUGCCGUUGACAAAGAAGACGAUGGUUCGACCGAUUUUGUGAGUUUUCAGUUGAAAGACAUUGACGAAGCUGAAGUGAAUCACAUCGACAGUACAAAUCUUGAAAACUCGAAUGGGUUAGCCGUUUUUCACAACAAAUUAAACUGUCUGGAUUGUUUUCAUAUUGGUCUUGAUGAUUCUCGUAGCAUAUUUGAUCGUGGUGCUUUUGGUUUGUCAGUUUGAGUCUUGGGGUGUUGAUUUUUUCCGAAUUCUUCAAGGCGUUUUUAAGCCAGCAACUGAAUGGAUGGGCUUCUCCAUUUCAAGUUUACGGCUUACAUCUACAACUAUUUAGGAAUAAGUAAUAAAGAAUUCUAUCCAUUCCAACACAGAUGGUCUUCUUUCCUGGUAUUGUACUCAACACAAACCCUCUUGCUGUCAGCCAUGGUCGUCUAAGCUGUGUAUGCAGUAUCAACCAAAGCGAGGCUAUGGGAGGAUGUUGAUGAUACAACUUGUACUCAUUGUUCCACAUGCUCUAAUUGUGUCGAAAUUAGUGGACUCCUUGAGAUGGACAUACAAAUUUUAUCCAACAGGAUUGGAGAAUGCUGCAAGUGUGAGUUGGACAUUUGCAGUUCUCAUGUGGAUGACGGAAACUCAGCCCAUACUCAGAGUAAUUAAAUUCCUACAGGUGCUGCUAUUGUGUGGAUACUUACGGUGGAAAUUUCAAAUGGUUUCAAAUGCAAUUCUCGUAUAUCAAAUGAGUGGUACCUUUAACACACCAGCUGGAGUUUCGGGUGUGCAAUUCUCUACCAUCUCUGGACAAGUACUAGGUUUGUUUAUUUCCGCCGUCUUUAGAGGAGAUGAAAUUAAAUUCAGGAAGAUGUGUAGUUGGUGGUCAUCUCCAACAUAUCAAUAUACCUAGGCAGAGUAUCCUAUUAGGAAAGUGGACUUGUUGGUGGGAUCUUGAGGUGGAAAUUCAAAUUGGUUCCACCUGAAUUAUGGAGUGUGAGAACUGUUAGCUGGAUUAGUAACAAUUUUGUCUCAGUUUUCAGCUUUGACGAAAAAUGGACUUCUCAUUUUGAGAGCCUUGGUGUUGGUCAUGUUUACAGUGAGGUUGUGUAGAGAAGUGGCGAGGAUAAUAUUGGUGCACAUAGUUUCCCUAAUGUUAUUGUAGCCAUGACUUAUGAAUGUUUGAGAGGUAGUGCAGGCACACUUCGAAAAGAAAAUCCUGUCAUGACUGGUUUUUGUCUUUGUGUUAUGAGUAUCCACUUGGAGUUUUCUGAAGGGUUAAGGAACACUCAGUUCAGCCUCGUGAUGUUUCAAGAUCCUACUGUGCUGGUACCCUUGAUAUGGGUCUUAUGGAAGAGAUACUUCGCAGAAAAUGGGGAUACUGAGCUUGCUUAUGUACAAGUGUGCAUAUCUAUGUGGAUCAAUAUUACAGUUGUUGUGAAUCUACAGGAGGCUUACUAUCAUAUUGAUGUGACAAGUGGGUGGAUGUGUGGAAUGCUUAGUAGUCCUAUUGUUGCAGUUAUUUGUGAACGCACAAGAAGCAGGACCAGUAUUAUGGUCUUAAGGACCGUUACUAAGAGUGUAUACCAAGCCAGCUGUUGUGCAAAGAUAGAGUCGCAUGUUUUUUGGUAAAAUGGCACAAGAAAGUCAAGUUCGACGGCUGAUAAGGGUCUUCUUGGCGACAAUGGGUUGUUGGGCCUGGUCUUGAAGGUGUGCAAGAGUCUCACCAGGUUAUUAUUAGCGUUUGUGCUAUUGGGCUUCUCAUGCAUCUUAGAAGGAGAUACCACUACUAUGUCCUCAACCAGUUUAUCCUUGUUACUUCUGCAUUGCUCAGGUUAUUCAUUGGCGUGAGGACUGGUUCUCUGAGUAUUUAUCACGCAAGCUAAUUUUCGUGAUUUCCAUCCUUGAGGACAAGGAUGUUUUCAAGGAGAGUGGAAUGUUCAUGUACUUGCUAAUGAAUGGGAGUGCCCAUAUCUUAUUAUAGCGUGUAGUUAGCUUAAUUAGUGUAUACUUGUAACGGGUGGUUGAGAUGUAACCACGUGGCGGGUUAGUAGUCGUUAGAUAUUUGAGAGAGUGAGUGAGUUAUAUAUUCUCAAGUCUCUGUAAUGAAACCCUUAUCGAAUUAUGAAUUUGUUUUGAGUAACAUUGUUUUUCAA